UGGCAUGUUUUUAUUGGAAACUAUAAAACCAUAGGCAUAGACCAUAAACCGUUAUUUAUCUUACUCUUAGCGUAACUGGUUAUUUUGCAUGACAUGGCUACUUUCUUUAACGGUUAAAAAGUGAGAAUAUAAGAGUCGGGUUGGCGGCGUAAUUAGCUUGUUUAUCAAGUAUGACGGGUAAUGAAGAACGUGAUCAAGUCGUUUCGCGACCGUGCUUUGAUACGACGUCUAUCACACCCAAACAACAAAUUAUUUCGUCAUGUUCGGGAGCACUGGUGACGUCCUUUUUCGUUACUCCGUUAGACGUAGUAAAGAUCAGACUUCAAUCACAACAGAAACCUCUUGCAAAGGGGCAGUUCUUCAUAUACUCUAAUGGACUCAUGGAUCACCUCUGCUUGUGUGUCAGUGAAGCUGUCCAUGCUAUAGAAAAGGAAAAACCUGGUUGGCAUGAGCACCAGGGUGAAAUCAGAUUUUCUGGAACAUCAGUGUGCACUGAUUGUUCAAAGAUUCGCCUAAUUGAGCCAGUCCACGUGGUAAAAUUUGGAGGAACUGCGGAUGCAUUUGUUAAAAUAGCCAGGCACGAAGGCGUUCAAGCACUAUGGAGUGGAUUGCCACCUACACUAGUUAUGGCUGUGCCAGCUACAAUGAUAUACUUCACAUCAUAUGACAAUCUGAGGGAUCUGUUCUAUAGAUGCUUUGGAGUUCAGAGUUACAAUCUCGCACUUGUGAUGAGUGCUGGAGCAUUGGCACGAGUGAUAGCAGUUACUGUGAUAAGCCCUCUGGAGCUGGUACGCACAAAGAUGCAGUCGGAGCAACUCAGCUACAAAGAGAUAGGAGCGGCUAUACGAAAAUCCGUUAGCAACGGUGGGAUCCUGUCUCUAUGGCGGGGCUUGUCGCCAACACUCCUUAGGGAUGUUCCUUUCUCAGCUAUAUACUGGUCUGGGUACGAAUACCUAAAGUCGGUGUUUUUACGAUCGUCUGCAUGCAAGGAUCCAAGCCUGGCCAUGAGUUUCACAGCUGGAGCUGUGUCUGGAAGUGUUGCUGCUGUGAUAACGGUUCCAUUCGAUGUCGUUAAAACGCAUCGGCAGAUUGAACUUGGGCAAAGAGAAUUGGCGCACGUGGCGACGAAUCCGAACGAAAUGAAGACGAGUCAUCUCAUUCGUCGACUCUACACUGAGAAGGGGUUCAGAAGCUUGUUCGCAGGAAUUGUGCCGCGCAUAGUCAAGGUCGCGCCGGCGUGCGCCAUUAUGAUUAGCAGCUACGAAUUCGGCAAGCAUUUCUUCCGCACCCGCAACGCCCGAUUGGCAGGAGAUCCAUGUGACUGUACGUAGUGAUUCCCUCUCCACGUGUACGAAGCCAGCCGUGUGUCUCCGUGCUGCUCCCACAUGGAAUGAGUACACUAAGCUGUGUUACCUUAUAGAGAAUGGUAGAGGAAAAAAAAGGGAAGGAAUAAUUGAAUGGCAGUAGGAAUGUGGUAGGAAAUGUAGAAGGUGCAGUUUCACAUUUCCUUGCAGCGGUGGCUUUCGUUUGUGUUUCAACAUGCUCGAACAGUGCACAAAAGAUUUAGUUAGCAUUUCCGUUAAUUGUGGCUAGUCUCAUCUGCGCGUGUUGAGAAUCUGCUAGCGCUUUUGUUCCCAUCACACACACGCAGUGAUUGCAGCAUUGUUUGGCCAUACGAUUUGUGAAUUACAGGGAUUCUAGGUGGCUGUGGGAUCCCGCACGUUUAAUAUUCAUCACCUGUCUGCUUUUCGGAAGUGGAUGUAUCGAUAAUGUAGUGCAAUAUUUGGAACUCGCUCAGUUUUUAUGUGAAGUGAUAAGCUGCAGUAACUAAUGAAUGAGCGGACUAUCACAGACCCUUUUAUUAUCCAGUGGAAUUUCACAAACGUAUUUCAAAACUGUUUUAGGACUUUUAACUCACAAAACGUAUUCUACACUGUUCUACGUUAUCAUGAUCCUAGUAUAGUUAGUACUUCAUCGAGGUAUCAUGAUUGGUAAGUGAAGUUGGAGCUGCAUUUGCUUUCAAAUCACUUGCUAAAAAUUUAUUAGUUCAUUAUAAAUUUAGCGGAGGUCGUAGGUCAUAGGUAUAGGCAUAGGAUUAGUAUAUCCUUGCUAUCGUUUAGUCUGCAUGGAGUAGGGCGUAAUACUAUCAUCAAAAUUGUGGGUGCAUUUUAGCUGUAGUCGAGUGCGCUGCUUUUUGCAAUACCUCAGCAUCCUAGUCACCGUUUGUUGUCUCGCAUAUGCUGAUUAUCACUGACAAUAGAUGAUUAUAAUUAGAUGAUAGACAUGAUAGAUGUCACUCAUACAGUUGUGUAUUACAUUAUGUGCAUAUCUGCUGUAUGACCCUACAGUGCAAAGAACUGUGAUGCUGAUUAUAGUACUGUGAACUUCAGUAAUGUAAGUAAAAAAAUAAUUCAGAGUAAUGUAAUUAGGGUGCUGUGUUCCAGUGCGGCAGACCAAGUUUAUGUGGACGUAGGAGCACAUGAGGCGUAGUAGAAUUGAGUGCGUCGAAGUCCACUUGAGAAUUAGGGGAUGCUGCUGCUAUUCCACGGGGUGAUUUUUACUGAGGAGUCGUGUGGAUAUUUUAAUGUCUGUGCAGAAACAAAUGCAGAAUGUAUCAGCAGCGUAUUGUUUCAUCCCCCACCCCCUCGUGCAGUACCAUUAGUGUCACCAGUUCAUGUGGCUUAGUCAGAAUGGUACUUGUUAAGAGAAUGUUUAUGUUUGUUAUAUAAAAAUAAAUAAUAACUAUAUAUCA